CAAUGAAGCAGAUGAAUACCCACCCAUCCCUAUUCCGGUUUUAGCUAGUUAUUGAACCCCGAAGAAGUAAACUCAGAAAUUUCGCACGACAUCACACGACAUAAGUUCCUGUAAGAAAACGACCUAUCUAUCAUCCCCACUAAGCCAACGUUUUUCUCAAGAAUGUUCGCUUAUAUGGUGCGUCAACAUUUCGUCUUCCUGAAACAGCACAACAAGAUGGUGUCCGUCUUUGGACAGCUUCACCACUACUCUUGUGUGCUGUAGUGAAACUGGAUGAUGAUGAUCGCACUACUUUAAGGGCGACAGUCUUAUCGCUUCUUUAAAGUCGACGUAAAAGGGUUUAGAAAAGUUUAGGGUUUAGAGCAAAAGAACUCAACUACAGCCUUCUUCUUCUUUCCUUUGAAACAGACUGUAAAAGCCGCUCUUUACAGCGUCUUCCCCCGCAAGAACCAACGCAAUGUCGGGCGAUCACAACCGGACUUGGGAUGACGAUUCCUUCUGGGACGGCGGUGUUGGCCCGGACGGCGCUUUCGGAGCACCCGCGAACGUCCCGACCUACUGUGCGGACGGGGUGACUCCAAGGUAUGGUCACCAAUCCAGCGCUGAGGGCAAUGGCCAGCAGAACCAGCGUGGGUCGUAUAUUGGGAAUGGCACUUCUGCGACUAGAGGCAAUUACUACACGCAGGAUCAUCUGGAGCAGCACCAACAGGUGCAGCCGGGGAACAAUUAUCCCAAUUACAACUACGAUCCGCAGCAGCGUGGUUGGGACAGCAGCCACCAGAACCAUGCCAACUAUGGAAAUAACAAUGCGAACAAUUACAACACGGCUUCUCAGGCCGCCGGCUGGAACCAAAACCAGUACAACCAAAACCAGUACAUCAACCAGAGCGACAACCAUGCGGGAGUAUACAACCCGAACCACCAGGCAGCGCUCCAGCACCGGCACGAUGCCCGGUCGGAGGCGACCAGCGAAUCAGACCCGGACACAAAGCGGCUGAAGCAGCAGGUCAUCGAAAGCUCCUCCGAUGAGGAGCACGAGCGCGCGUUGCAGACGCGGACGCCGACAGGUGCAGCCAACAAGCAUCACCACUAUCAGCAACAUUCGAACCAGAUGACCGCAGACGAAGCGUGGAAGCAGCAGGAACUGCUGUUGCAAGCAGGUCGUGGCGGGCGACAACUUCAGAGCGGUGGUCAGCAGCAAGAACAACAGCAGCAUGUGUACAAUCCGAACAGGAUUCUCCCACUGGGGAAUCAAAAUCAGAAUCAGCAGCAACAGAACUACGGGCAGAAUAAUGCGGCCCCUUAUGAUCAAGAUGCUUACGACUACAACCAACAGCAGCUGCAGAACAUGCAAUACAAUCAGCAGCAACAGCAGCAAAGCCAAUACCAAAACUACCAGCAAAAUGUUGAUCACCAGCAUCAAAAUAACCAAAAUCUGAACCAGAGUUUCUAUCAAGAACGCACUCUCCCUGCUAUGUACGAUGCCACGCAACUGCCCGGCUACGAGCAGCAUCAGCGGGAUGUUCAAGAAACGAAGCGUUCUCGGGAGCAAUGGAUGGCGCAGAAUUUUGGCAUGCAAACGCCGCGAUUGGAUCAGAACGACACUGCUACACCCACUGGCGCAGCAAACCAACAUGAUCCAAACGCUGACCGACAGCCUACCUACGAUCAAGGUCGGCAGAAUUUCCAGAACGCUUUCCGAGCCAACAAGGGAAAGGGGAAACAAAGCCGAUUUAACGGGCGGAAUGACUUCCGGGCCCUGGAUUUGCAAAACGCAAUCGUCGGUCUGUCCAUCGCCAGUGCGAUGGAGCAGGGGGAUCAAGCGGACAUUCUACCCGAAAUCUAUCAAAAGCAAAAAUCCCCCCUCCCCAUAUCGAAAAGGUAUGUUUCCGAAAAUUUGUGUUGCUGAUUUGAGGUCGCAAAUCACAUUUGUAUUGCAAGAAGACAAGGGCAGAAGCUUCCGCCCCACUAUGGAAGCGAUUUGUCAUGCUGUUGGGCCUAAAAGAGAGCCGCUUGCCAUGCUGAACAACUACACGCGUGCGCCCCUUCUACCUAGACUGGGGAUCUGACUGCAGUGCUUUCCUGCAAUACAGACCUGAUUUGUGUACUCAAAUCCAGCAUCAGAAAUUUCGUUUUGAUGUGGGGAGGGGGGAUUUUUCCUUUUGAUAAAAUCCCCCCUACGUUUUCAAAAGACACUUACACCAAAUCCUUCGCGCCCUACCUUCUCCAGGAAGUUCGGGCGCACGUGGCGCACGGCACCAGCAGUCUUCCCUUCUCCGAGAUGCUUAAGGGCGAAAUUCGGUUCACGGGCAAGGGAAAAAAGUUGCACAAUUGCCUGUCCCUGGAGUGCGACUUUCUCGGCGAGGCGAAGACCAUGAUGGACGGGACUCUCAAAGGGCGGGAUUUCGGAGAAGAAGACGGGAUCGAUAUCGGGCAGGAAACGGCGACGGGCCUGUCGAACGAGGAGAUUGAAGAGAGGAAGAAUGAGAAAGAGAAAUUGAAAAACAUGACGGAGGCGGAAAAGUACAUCCGGGCGACACAGUCGGUGCAGUUUGGUUCCAAAGAGUUCGAGAAAUUGUUUUGUUUGAAUGAUGUCUGCGUCUUGAUUCCGAAGAAGCGGUAUUCCAAGUUUAUCGAGCAAUGCAAGCAGCAGGCGCAGUACUCCAACACCUUUGCGCAGGGGUAUUUCGACAAGAAGUUGAGGGAGGCGACCGAAGCGGGAGACGAGAAAAUCUACGAGUCGGCGUUGCGAGACCUGCUAUCCGCGCAGUUCUAUGCAUUGCAAAUAUGUCUGGGUCUGGAAGAGUGCAAGUUUGUCAUGCAUGCUUGUCUGGCUCUGGCAUGACUCCAGAAUCUGUGUUGCAUAGGCACGAAAAGGCCCUCGCACCUGUCAUGCAAAAACGCAGUUUGCCAUGCGGAAUACGUAAGACAUGGGAGCCAAAAAAUUUGUCAUGCUCAGCUGCGCAUUGCAGUGCGUCUAACAUUCACUUUUGGCAUUACAAGUUUCCAGACGAGACCCAGACAUAUUUGCAAUCCAUAAGUUUCGGAAUUUCAAGGACUUCUUACUGACCAUCGACGAGUUCUCGAUAUUGGCCAUGACGGUCCCCUAUCAAAUGCAAAUAUGUCUGGGUCUGGAAGAUUCCGAGACUUGUCAUGCAGUUUUUCCAAGCUCCGCCAAGUCUGUAAUGCAGGGCAUGGCGUCACAGGUUCUGCAGCCCCUUGGUGAUGCCUAUCGUGCAUGAGAAGUGCCCUCUCAGCAUGGCCAGAAAUGGACAGCUUUUGCAAGUCAUGCAACACAGAUUUUUGCAUGAUUCGCAACAUACAUCACAAGUUCGCAUCCUUCCAGGCCCAGACAUUUUUGCAUUUGAUAUCCCCUGCCGCGUCACGAAGGAGAUCGCCACGACGGAUACGGAAGGGAAUGUUUUGACGACUCUGGACUCGGUUUCUUCCUUGGCGGUUUACACAGUAGCCGACGGGUUUGCGAAAAUCCUGCAGGAAGCGAAGAUGUUGGACGGUGGAAACAGCUAUCAGCAGCAGCGACUCGUGUACGGGGCGGACGGGCGGCAGGUCAAUCUCGACGGACAGAACCCGUCUCUGAACUCGUGGCUGACGGGUCAGGGAAAUGAUAGUACCGGUACAAAUGGGAUGAACACGACAGCGCAAAAUAAUAGUCCAAAUGCAACAAACGACAAUGUGCCCUAUCCGAACUUCCAAUCGGUUGAGGAAACGUACGACGACGACACGCCGCCGGAAGUAAGAGCCGCGGCCGGGAUGGAUUUCGUCUUAAUUCGCAUGUCGAACAUCAUCACGCAGCUGCGCGUCGCGAAGGCGCUCGAGCAGCAAAACGGCGAGAAUGCGGCGUUUUUCGAAACCGAGUUGUCCGGUAUGAACCCCGUGCAGGAGACGAUUGUCAACACAGAAGUCGCGAACGUCUUCCGCGCGGAACGGGAUGAGCGACUGGAUGAGUCGCAGAACCUCAUGAUCGACAAAGCCUUGACCAAAGAGCGCGGUAUCACCGUCGUCCAGGGUCCGCCCGGGACCGGGAAGACGAAGGCAGCGCAGUGGCUGUUGCUCUGCCUGACGGAGAAGGAAGACCGAAUUAUGGCCACCGGCCCGACGAAUCAAUCGGUGGAAGAACUCGCCUCGAACUACCUGCAGAACCCGGUCGUCCGGGAGAUGCGGCGAAAGAACAAAAGGCUUUUGAACCCGUUGACGUUACCCCACCAACCGCCGCUCGUCGAGGUGAUUGAGGACUUUUCCAAGGAUAUGAUCGUGUGCUCGCGGAACAAGAUGAACGUGAACACGAUCGAGACGAAACUGAAGCAGGAGGGGACCAGCACCGAUUUGUCGAAGUGUAUGAUCUACAAGCGGGGCGACGAGCUGGUCGUGUUUCUCUUGAGAAUGUACGAGGCGGUGGACCAGGGCAUCGAAAUGUGGACGAAAAUACCGCUCAGCAUGCUCUUGGAGUCCUGUUACCUCUACUACGAGGAACAUAAGAAUCGGAUCGCUUUCGGGAACGUGGAGCCGCAACAGCGGGAGCUCUACGCCGAUGGGACCUGGCAGUUUAAAUUUUCCAAAAUUCACCUGUGCGCGAAGGCGGUCAUCCAGAAGGGCAAACUCGCCGACGUCGUCAUGGAGUUCAUGCAGCAGAAAAUUUUACGGAAGUUGUGGGAGCUUCGCAAGGAACUGGAGCCGCACAUUGUGGCGAGCCCCCAGAAUAUCAGAUUGAUGAGCAUCCGGCGGGUGUUGGAGGACAUCUGGCCCAGUGUGCAAUUUGGAGAAGACGACGAAGAAGUGAUCAGGAGGUGCAAAAGUAAAUGGUCGCUGAUCAAGUCCUGGAAGCAAUUCACGGACAACAUUGUGCAGAAAUUGCGCGAUCCGGCAAGACACGCGACCGCGUCGUCGGCGGCCGCGGGGGGUGCUGGAGCUAGUACCGGAAAUAGUAGUAGUAACCAAGAGCUCGAUGUGGCGCAGAUCAUUCUAGAGGCGGAAUCCUCGGGAAGACUGGCGGAUCAGUACGGGAGGAAGCGUAUGGAUUGUAAAAAUGUCUGGGUCUGGAAGAAUGCAACUUGUAAUGCGUAUUUCAGAACACAGAAAAGUCUCUCAUGCAUACGUAGCAAAAGCUCCUACUUUUUGUCUCGCCAAAUAGGGGAUUUGUCAUGCGGAUUCGGCAUUGCGGAAGGUUCUCGAAACCUGUGAUGCUAGAGCUUCCAUGCCAGACCUUCUGUGUCAUGCAAAGACAGCAUGACUCUUCCAGACCCAGACAUUUUUACAUUUGAUAAAGCGGGCGUUUGAGCUAUUCGGCGUCGACGACAUGGACCGCGGGUGGGUGGAUUUGAACAGACAGGAAAGUCAUGAGGAUGAUGAUACGCAACUACGCGGUGACAACGAAGAUUCCAACAGCGCAACAUCUUCCGCUGCUGAGGAUCAUGGCACGACAACCAACAACCUCGGCAUUUCCUCCGACUUCAGGCAACGGGUGAACACUUUGCUCAAGGGGAAAGGAAAGAAGGGGAAGAAGGGUGGGAAAAAAAGUGGUAAAAAUGACCGGUCUGCCUACGCGGCGUACAUCAACACUAUGGCGACGACCCGCUACGCGGAGAUCCGCAAGACGCUACGGCUGAAGGAAUUUUGCGGGAAAGACCCGGAAGAGGUGAGCACGAAAAAUAUGAAGAUGUUCAUGCAGGACUCCCGGGUCAUUUUCUGCACGGUAAGUGUCGGGGGGCGGGGCACGUUUGAACAGCUGUACUUCUCGUGUGUCUUAAUCGACGAAGCGGGGAUGGUGCCCGAGGCGGAGUCCGCGAUUGUGAUCAAAGAUACGACCCGACGACUGAUUCUCAUCGGCGAUCCGCAGCAGUUACGGGCGACCGUUAUGUCGAAUGUUUGUCAGAACUGUCUCUACGCUCGAUCUCUGAUGGAGCGGCUGAUGAAUUUCAACGGGUUUCCGGCGCACAGAUUGCGAUUGGAGUACCGGAUGGAAAGAGAGAUCAUGGCGUUCCCAAACAAAGUUUUCUACGAGAACGUCCUGCAGAUCUCGAAACAGGUGCGGGAGAGACGACACCCCUGCAUGGCGAUAUUGCGUUCGAAGCAAGACCUCUACGACGCCCAGCACAUUGUCCCGGCUUUGAAGCAGCAGGAUUUGCGGCAGAGGGUGGAUGAGGAUGAGGAGAUGGAGAACUUCGGACAACAAGUCUCCGCCGCAGCGGGGAACGACGAAAGUGCCAGGGUCGCGAACGUCGCGACCAUGUCCUCGAUGUACAAGAGUGGCCGGAUCAACUGCUUCCAAACGUUGGUCUGGAUCGACACCUCCAGGUUGAACCACCGGCAGGAUAUACGGACGGGGGGCAGAAGCUUCACAAAUCCCAAAGAGGUGGACUUGAUCAUCGACCACGUGAAGAGGCUAAACCGGAAUGUCUGCCUGUUGAAGAGAAUCCCGUUUCCGAAGAACAAAUCGAUCCAGCCGCUACUGUAUGGAUUGCAAAAGUGUCUGGGUCUGGAUAAGUGCAAGGUUUGUCAUGCUAGGCUAGCAAGACUCUUAAGUCUUUCAUGCAGGUUACCCAAAGGCCCUGUGAUGCAGAAACGCAGUUUGUCACGCAGAAUAGGCAAGAACACCUGGAAGCUCAGAAACUUGUCAUGCCGAGCCGGCACUUGUGGCCUCCACAUUCUAAGUCACUCAGCAUUACGAGUUUCCAGACCCAGACAUAUUUGCAUUGCAUAUACUGGAAGAAUUUUCCAUCGGCAUCACCUCCCCCUAUGCGGCCCAAGUGGAGCUACUCCGCGAGACCGUCCAAUCGGAGUUUGGGUUUGCGCAGGCGACGGAGCGGAUCAAAAUCCGGUCGAUCGACGGGUUCCAGGGGGGAGAAGCGGAUAUCAUGUUGAUAUCCUGCGUCCGGAGCAACGAGAAGAAAGUGGUUGGCUUUUGCAAGAACCCGGCGCGGUUGAACGUCGCGCUGACACGGGCGCGGCUCGCUUUGCACAUUUUCGGCGACAGUGAGACAUUGUCUUUGGGGGACCCGAAACACUGGAAGCUCUUUGUCGAUUUCUUGCGGGAGAAGGAACUGAUUUUUGAUCUCGCUGCGCGGCAACACGCGAAAAUCGUGGAGAAGGACGUGACCGGGAGAACCCGAGAGGCUCUCCGCGUGGUCGAGAACGCGCUGAACGCGGGGAAUGGGCUCUUAACGGGUGAAAUUUCCCGGCCGACUUUGACGCACAACCCGAACUUGUUUCGCGGCCAGGACGAGAUGUCCGCACUGGCGAUGCACGUAAAGAAAAUGGAAUUCGAAAUGCCGAAGCAAUUCUUGCAAGGUACGGAACAACAGCGGGAGGACGAAAGUAGACACGAAGAUUUGAAGUUCAACAUCUCGCCCAACCUCAACAAGCUGCGCUGGUGGAUGGACCCGAAGGCGGAGGGAAAUGUUUUCGCGAUCGUCUUUUCUGAAUUCGCGCAACGGUGGUACAAUGCGGGGCAGAGGCUCUUGCAGCUGAAAAUCCUGAUCGCCGCGGAAAUCGCGGGUUUAGUGAAGGGGGAGAAGAUGCGGAUCCACCCGGACAGUCAGAUCAGGAACUUCAGCGAGGAGGAACUCGUCAACGCCGCGGCCGAGCACCUCCAAGUUCGACCGCAGAUCGCGAACGGUGGCGCAACUGGCGUCGCGGUACAGACGAAAAUUACCUCCUCCGGUCUAGAGUCGUUGAAGUCCAUGAACAAGAGGCAGCAGCAGCAGUACGACCAAAUGUCAGUCGACAUUCUGUGGCACAUGCAGAUCGACACGGACACGGGGAAGCAGCUAAUUGUCGUUUGGAACAUCGUGCACGCCGGGCAGUUCAAGCAGGCGCGGGCGGAACAUUUACAGGAGUUGCGGCGGUUCAAAACGGAGUAUUUGCGGGACUGUUUAGUUCGGAAAACAACCGCGAAUGCCGGAACAUCAAGCGGCAGCGCAGGGGACCAAGGAAAAAAAGGAGCAGGGAAGAAAGGCACUUCGGAGAAGCAGGCCCGGGGGGUGUUGGUCGUCCCCUACAUGCCGAUCGAUGAACGCACCCAGCAGAGGAAGUACAAGGUGAAUUACGAUCACUUGAAACCCUUAUCCAGACAGGAGUACGGGGAGCUGCUCGCGAAGAACCAGAAAGACGGGAUGAGCCUCAACCUCCACGGGGAGAAGAACACGAUCGGCAUCUCGCGGACAAAAUUGUACGACGUGCACGGUGCGCAGGCGAUGCGCUUGCUGAUGGCGGACAAACCCGUGAUUCUGCCCCUAAAACUUUCCCAGGAGGAGAAGCAGGCGGUUCGGCACCCGCGGUCCAUCUUCGUCCAUGGUCGUGCCGGUACGGGGAAGACGCAGGUUUUGGUCGCAAGAGGGUACGAGCACCAAACCAUGUGGAUCAAGGAGCUGGAGGACACGGCGGGAGAAGUAGAACAUAGCACCACAGCAGCCGCUUUACCUCCCAUCGAGGAGGAGCUGGACGAAGAGAAGUUGAAAGCGGAGGGUUUGAGCCGGAUGCAGAUCAAGAUGCGAAUUCUGAAAGCCCAGCAAGCCAGGAAGCAACGCGAGAAGGAAGCGAAGAAGCGCACGCAGGAGCGGGAGAAGAUGAAAAAGGAAAACUUGAAGCUUGUCCUGUUCGUGACCGCGUCGCCCACAUUGGCCAUGCAGGUGAAGAAGUUCUAUGAUGGGCUCUUAGAGUCGUACUUGGUAGCCGAGAAGAACAAAGACAGCGUUUCCUGGGCGCAACGGGGGGACGAGGUGUUGAAGAAAUUGAACAUGGAAAAACAGAUGGAUUUGGAGGGGAAUCUAGUAGAAGGUGGUGCGACGAUUGAAGAAGUUGAUGACGAUGUUGACCAAGCAGAUGAGGAAAAUAACAACUUCGACAGCGACGAUGACCAAAAUGAGAAGGACGAGCUGAAACUGCUAGAAGAUUUAUCCCUCUCCGACUACGACGACGCGGAUUUUUUGGAGUUCGAUCCGGUGGACGAGCAGGUUUUAGCGAACGCGAAGCCUCUCGAACAUUUUCGCACGCCGAAGAACAAAAAAUCUUCCUCGUCGUCCAGCGACAACGACGACGCGGACACGUCAGAAAUUGUCUCCUCGAUCGUGUCCACACCGAGUUCCUCGAAGACCUCCCGCGCGGCUAGUUCCACGACGAACGCGCCGGGGUCGUCCGGGGUCGUGUCGAGUGCUGAUGUCGUCGGAACUACAAAUAAGGACGUGACGCAUGGUGCAACUAGUACACCGGGUGUCACGAACGACCAGACUGACACGAGCGGGAAAACUUUGCUCCAGUCCUCGACCAAGUCGCAACACACGGCGAAGAAGAAGUACCGGCAACGGCUUGGUACCAAUCAUGGGGCAACUUCUGCCACCACCUCCGCUGCGACAGAGAAGAAAAGGGCGGAUAAGAUGAUCAAGGAUAUUUCCAACAAGGACAAAACGGACAAUAUCCUGAGUAAAAAUGUCCCCACACCAGAGUCAAGAUGGGAAAUCUGCUAGACAAAUCUACAAGUUUUGGCUGUCUUGCAUGACAAAUUUGGACUCGCAGUGUAGUGCUGUUUGAGCUACCUCAGAAGCAUCACAGAUCUAAUAUAUCAUGCUGAUUGGAGCAUGGCAAAUUCCAAAACACAACUAGAAAAUGCUUCUCAUGGGGAUCCGCAUGAGAAACAUUCUCAACAUGCAGAUUUGCAUUACAACUAUGGCGUGGGGAACUUUUUUCAGUACGAUAGACAAGGAGAAGGCGGACGAGGAAGAACUCGUCGCGGCCUACGCUGAGGCCAGUGUUGGGAUCGGGUUUGCCGUAUCAACUGCAAAUAUGUCUGGGUCUGGAAGAUUGCGAGAUUUCUCAUGCUAGUCUGGCAUGACUCUGAACUCUGUGUUGCAUGGCCGCGAAGAGCUCCUCCUCCCUGUCAUGCAAAAACGCAGUUUGUCAUGCGGAGUACUUACGCAACUGCAACUCAGAGCCAUGAAAAAAACCUGUCAUGCUUUGCAGCGCAUCAUAGUGAGUUCACUAUUCCCUCUCUUGCAUCACAAGUUUCCAGACCCAAACAUAUUUGCAAGGCAUACGCCCCUUUGACCCCGCAAGAGCGGCAGAAGGAGGUCGCCCGGAUGCCGAAGACGUUCUCCGAGAUCCGGGACCGGGCGGAGCACGGGGCCGCGAGUUUGAUCACGAAUUAUUUGCACUUUUUACAGGUGUUAGACGCCAGUAUCGACGACGACGAGGAAUUUUUCCGGAUAAACAAAACGGAACAGUGGAUGGCGGAUUUUCACACGCUCCCGCCGGACGAAAACCGCUUCGAGCCGAAGCACCCGGAUUCCGAGGUCAAUUUCCGCCGUUUCUGCAUCAACUACUACGACAGUCUCCGCGGCGGGGACGCGGAUACAGAGAACGCGAGGUCUUCCUCUUCUUUGAUACCGACAAGUAGUUCCAGCAGUCCGCACGGGAUUCUCUCGUCCAUGGGAGGACAACUGACAACGCCGAACAGUAGUUCCUCGUCUUUGGAUCAACUCCAAGCGGCACUAGGCCAGCAGCAAUUAUCCGGAGGCAACAUCGGGCUCAAAGAGCUCGUCCGGGGAGUUGCUGCGGUGCCCGAUGCGAGUCAGCUCUUUAAGGAGUUCCACAUCAUCAAGGGCGACUACCCGCCGGAAACCCGCCAGCACAAAACGGAACUAGACGACGUGUUAGACAUGGCGGAGAAGCAGCACUACGGCGGGAACGCGCGGACCACCGCCCACCGCGUCCGGCCGAAGCUGAUGGAGGGCAAUCUGGGCCGAUUAGACUCUUCGAAAGCGAAGGACAAGUAUGGGCGCAGGCAUCGGGACAAGGACGCGGAAAUUUACUUGUUGCAGAAGGAGGGAAAGGAUGUCGACACGGAGCAGCUGCAGUACAUUGACAACCUCUCCAAGCAGCAGGAAGCGCUGAAGGACCCGCUGUCGCACAUCGGGGAGACGUUGACCCAGAAGCAGUACGUGGACGACCCCCCGGCGGAAUCUCUGCUGCAGAACGCGUCCCGAGCGGACCGGGAGAAGGUGUACAAAGCCUUCGAGAAAUACGAAGCGCACAAAAGAAAGCGGAACGAGUGGGACAUGAACGACUGCGUGUCGAAAAUUUGGGAGCGGUUGUCGUGGCGGCUGCGGCGAAGGAACGAGAACGAAGACAGGAAGGGGCUGCUGAAGGACAACCAGCUCUACAACGGGCCGCUGGUUAGUUGCUUGCUAUCGGACGAGUCGCAGGAUUUGUCCAUUUUGCAAAUGCUUCUGUUCGCGUUGGUGUGCCAGGACCCGAACGCGUUCACCUUCGCCCACGACCCCGCGCAGUGCAUUGCGGAGGGGCGGGUUUUCAAGCACGCGCGGCUGAAGGAUUUGUGGCACGGAUUGUACAAGAAGAUUCUGAAGCAGGCCAAUGUCGAGGGCGACACGGAGGAGGAGAGGCAGCAAAAAGAGCGGGACUUCAAGGUCGAAAUGCCCGCGGAGAUCCACCUCACCCGGAAUUUCCGUGCGCCGCAGCGGAUUCUGAACAUGGCGCAGGUUUUGGUCGAGAUCUGCAAGCACUUCUGGCCGAAGCGCAUCGACGAGGCAGCGCCGGAGAUUUCGUACGAACGCGGGGAACUGCCGACGAUGGUGGUCGGCGUCUCGGCGAAACAGUUCCGCAACGCCUUGCUGUCCGCCGGUGCGGAUGAUCCGUUGCUCAGCGGGCAAGCCGGAUCGAUUGCGGAGAAGAACCUCCAGGAUGCGGAGAAAGCGCUCGCGAACAAGUCGGGAGUGUCGAAAAAGAAAAACAAACAGGUGAACUUGCAAAAGGUGACGUCUACCACCGCGUUGAAGACGGGGAAUGAAGGUACAACUAGUAUUAACUCAGCGACCAGCACGACCCCCGGAGCAGUUGUAAGUGCCUCUACUUCAACUACCGCUGCAGCAGCCGCGGGGGGCGGGGGCUCCGGGAAAAACAUGUUCAAUCCUGCAACCAAUUCUGGCGGGGGGAUCACCACCUUCGGCGCGGAUCAGGUGGUUUUAGUUGGCACGGAAGAGGAGAAAAAUUUCGUGGAUCAGUUGCUCGGAGAUCGCGGGAUCGUCGUCUUAUUGCCGGCGGAAGCGAAGGGGCUGGAGUUCAACGACGUCAUUCUGUGGAACUUAGUCAGCCGCAGUGGGGUCGACGGGGAAAGGGAAGAGAAAGUUUGGACGGUUCUGUUCGAUUUCAUGCGGGCGUGUCUCGCGCAGUCCAAUGUGCAGCAACUGAGAGAAGAUAAUACGAGAAAUACUGGUCGUCAACAAGGCCGAACCACUUCUAACACCGCUGCAGCAGCGUCUUCGAAGCAAACGGAGGCUGAACAAGAGAACUCCGAGGACUUCCCAGACUCCGACGACCUUGAGGAAAACCAGCAAACUGAUCAGCAGCAGGGUCCGAAGAAGCAAAACUACACGAAGGAGCAACUGGACGUGAUCCUGGACCAGUUUGAGCAGAAGGUGAUGAAGAAGCAGCGACAGGGCGAUAGCAAGGAUCAGGUCACGGAGUUGUGGAACACGCGGCUGAAGGAGCUGAUUGUCUGCAUCACCCGCGCGAAGAAGAGGCUUGUGAUCUACGAAACCGACGCCACCUCUACCGCCGUGCGGAUGUUCCAGACGCUGUACCACGAGGCGCCGCAGACCGGGCUGCCGUUGUCGAAGCGGCAGGUGUUGGAUACGUCGGACGUCGAGUCUUUCGACGACGACAUUCCCUUCGGCGGAGCUGCAGCUGCCGGCGCGUCCCCAGCAGAAAUGAACGGGAAAAUGGUUUUGGGGAAGCCGCCGACAGCGACCAUCGCAUCAUAUAACGACGCGCUUGCGAGUUGCGGGUACACGAGGGACCCGCUUUGCUCGUUGGUGACGACGGUCGAGCAGCUAGGCGAAACGGAAGCAGUUGUAGAUUUCCCGAGAAAGUCUUCGAAGCAGGAGUAUCUCCGCAGAGGGCAGGAGUACUACAAUAACGAGCAGUUCGUCGAGGCAGAGAGGAUGUACCGUGUUGGGGGCAACAUCCCUCUAGCAUUGUGGGCGAAAGCCGCCGGCGCGGAGCAGAAGGCGAGGGAUGUCGGCGUGGAUGUCCGCCGGUUGAACGACGCGAGUAGGAAGGAAAGGAUGCUUCUGUUCCGCGAGUCUGCGCAGUUUUACAUGCAAGUCUGGACCACCGUCGCACAGGAGGACAACAAUAAAGCUGCUGCCCAGGGCGGCGGCGGUGGAACAACAACCGCGGUGCAGUUGUCGAAGAGGCAGAUGAAUUUUGACCUAACGCAGUCCCAAUCCAGUGAGCUCGGCGAGCGGGCGCUGAGACAGGCCGCGAUUUCCUUCGGAGAGGCGGAAGACUGGAAAUGCGCCGCCGAGGCUUAUGAAAUGAUUGCGAGCCGGUAUUUGCAGCGGAACAGCGAAGAUACCCGGCAGUUGUUCUCCCAGGCGGCGGACUGCUACCGGAAGAUGCAUCUGUUCGAACGCGCGGGGGAUUCCUUUAAGAAAGCGGGCAACGACAAAGAAGCCCUGAAAUCCUUCCGGGACGGAAGACUGUGGCACCGUGCGCUCGAUUACUUUGAGAACCCGGGAGUGGAAAAACAAAAUGGAAUGGCGAUCGCGGACAGUACCUUUUUGAUGAAGUCACCGGAUCUACUUUUGAACAACAACGAUAACGAGUUAAACGACUCGAAUUUGUUGAACGACCCGCUGCAGAAUCAAAACUACUUUGACGACAGUGAGUUUCGGCAAAUGAAGAUUCAAAACGCAAAGCUGAUCGCACGGAGAAUCGCCCCGAUCCCCAACCAGUGCAGCGAGGAGCAGGUUCUGGCGAUCAAGCUUCACUGCGCAACCAUCCUGGAACAGGAACUGGAGGAAAACGGCGGGCGGAUCUCCUACAACGAUUUCGGUGUCUUUCUCGAUGACCACCAGAUCCGGAAACAGUUCUACGAAGAGAAGCAAGAUUGGGAGAAAGCCGCGGACGCCCACGAGCGGUGCGGGGAAAUCUUCACCGCCAUGGAGAUCACGCAGAACCACCAACUGAAAAGCUCGCUGUGCCUGAAAUACAAACGACUCACGCUCGCUCGCGACAUGAACGACUUGCGCACCUGGUUUGCGAAGAAUCCGGACAAAAUGGAAACCAUUCGGGCGAAUGUCAUGCUCACAAACGACUCGGAGGACGGCGAGCAGCAGCAGCCGCUAAUGUGGGACGCGGCGAAGUCGAAUAGUGAUAUGGAAGCGGCAGAGUUGGAGUUGACGAUCCUGUUAAAGGACGUGGGGGCGAGAAGAGGCGUGAAAAUGCCGGCGGUGCAUCAAGGUACGCAGAAAGACUAUUUUGAUAAUAUGGUCGAUGCUUGCAAAUUAUGAAAAAACUGAAUCGCGAGCAGGUGCUGUUUUUUGCAGGUAAAGCCAUUAUAAGUAGAAAACAUCAUCAUCAUCAUCAAUUACAAGUGGAGUAUGAUGGUUUUCGACAGCAAAAAUAUUUUUGAACUUCAAAACAUAGAAAAUAUUUUUUUUUUUGCGCGUCCGACGCAACAGUACUGUCAGCUCUCAGGCCGGUACGUAGGUACGUAGGUACGUUGGUACGUAGGUCGCGCAAAAGCAACGUACCUACGUACCGAAGGACCCGAAUAUCCAGGUAUCGAAGUAACUACCUCGCGGGACCUACGUACCUACGUACCUACGCGUCCCACACACUCCCGCGACCGGGACCUACGUACCUACGUACCAGCACGUCCCACACACUCCUGGUCGGGACCUACGUACCUACGUACCUCGGCACCUGUUCGGGUCCUUCGGUACGUAGGUACGUUGCUUUUGCGCGACCUACGUACCAACGUACCUACGUACCUACGUACCGGCCUGAGAGCUGACCUUACUCCGACGCAAAGUUUUUGUAGCCUUCACGCAAAGAAACAACAUUUGCAGUAAAACCGCAGCGUCUCGUCGUGAUUCGCGCUUUUUUCAUCAAGAGUCACGGUUUCCGCAAAGCGAUUAUGCGCUUGAUAAUUUAGAGAAUGCGCUUUAACGUCAUUUGAAAGCAGGAGAAUACCGAAUAAAUUCGAAUGUCGAAAAUAAAGCACAAUUACUUACCAAAAUUGACAGCUGCGGAGUCGAUCAUGAAGAAGUUUUUGAAGCACAACCAACCCCUUCCCUUCCAGCACGAAGAGAACGACGGUCUGCACCACUUUAUCUGUACCCCGAUGCCCACCUUCCGCACCACAAUUUACCUGGCCGAAGCGUUCAAGCAGGCUGUGCAGCUAGAUACCGAAAUGGACAGCAAAACCCACGCGCAAAUCUUCUACAUCAUCAAGGACCUUGCGUUCAAGUGCCUGUAUGGGAUGAGCGAGAACAGUUUCGGUUUGGUGGAGGUGUUGCAGGCCGUGCAGAAGAUGCUUCAGGGAGGGGCAGACGGUUUUAACAAAGCAGAUGUCGACUACGCUUUGUUCAACGCGGAAGGUAGUUCUUUGGCCCGGAACGGCAUCAAAGGCGGCAGUAGAGCGGGUAACAAUAUUAAAUUGGGCCGGCAUCAUCUCGCGCUGAAUGAUGCAGCGGACGAGAUGGAUCGCGAUGGCUUGGCGGGAUCCGGAUCUAAUGGCUUGUUGAACAAUCACCAACAGAAGAUCGUGAAAUCCAAAAAACGGCAAAACAACCGGAACCAAUUUGACGACGAAGAGGACGAGACGGUCUCGACUCGCGAGGUCUUGUUUCACGAUUUUUUCGCCCGAGAAAUUCAGGACGAGAUCCUCAUCGCCUUCAAUCUCGACGCGGAGGCAAAAACGCCCGCUCUGGUCGAGCCGGAGGCGGAGUUUUACAAACUGUGCGAACAGGAUUUGUUACGCGCGGAAGUCACCGUGUUCGAGGUGUUGCUGCAAAUGUGUUUGGAACUGAAGUCGCUCCGUCAGUCCCGGUGCCCGAAGGAAGCGAUCUGCGGCCGGUGUCCGGACUACCACAAUGGUUGCAGAUUUCUGCAUUGGAACGACGACUACGCUCGACAAAAGGACGACAUCGAAAAGGGACGGGCCGCGGCCAGCGCGGGCGCCGGUGCAGUUGUCGCGGUGGACAAAGCGGCCCAGGAGCUGAACAAGCACAACGCGUUUGGGAUCAAAGACACACUGGAACAAAUCUUGAAGGCGACAUGCUGCUUGGGAGGAGAGCGUGAAGAUGAUCAGGAGGGCAAAAAUUCAACAGCAGGAACCGCGACCGCGAACCAGAAUAGAGCUGCAGUCAACAAAUAUGCGAACAAGCACAGCAAUAAGAAAAACAAGAACAAUCAGCAAGUGAAACAAGACACGUCGGGCGCCGCAACUACGGAAACAACUAUCGCGGUAUCAGAAUCUUCUUCAAAGCCCUGCGUUCUUGAAGACGAAAGUAAGCUCGAAGUCACGGAGCAACAACUGUCCCGCGAUCAGUACGAAUUGAUGAAGGUCUUGCAGAAAAAGCUUCAGUCGUCCGAACUCGAGAAGGCCCUGACGGUCGGAAAAGCCACGGCCGGGUUGGUCGCAAACACCAAUUUGCUGCAGCAAAUUUUGCAGAAGACGACGCAGUCGCUGGAACCCGUUUUCAACCCGCUGGUGUGCUGCGAGUCAUUAUCCGCGGCAGUCAAGCCAACUGCGGCGAUGAAGAAACAGUUCUACAGUGACCGGGCACAGGAACUGUAUUAUUUUUUAGCCUAUUUAUUUACGCGAACCAAUUCCAAUUGUGUCUGUGCUCGUCACGUGGUCUGCCUUUUUCUCAGGUGAAGCACUAAUGUAUACGAUCCACCUGCUCACAUUUACGGUUUCUGUUUCUGAAGGAACUAACUCUGACGCCGUUUGACGCUGUUUCAUUUCUACUCUUUUCUGCACCAAAAAUAAUUGAUAAACUAUGACUAUCCACAGUUACCAGCGCCUGCAGUCCCGACUGGAGCCUGCGACGAUCUCAGAUCUCACCGAGUGGACCCAAGCGCUGCGGUCGUCGGAGUGGGAUGAGGACCGGUGCCGGCAGUUUAGCGAAUACGUUUCGCCAAAGAACAACCGGAUUUGGCAGGACACUUUCGUGUACAUCUUCUGGAAGGACACCGCCGCGAGUGUGCGGUGGGGCAACGCAGCUACUGUGGAGGGGGUGUACUGUCACGAAUCGAAAGACAGGUAUUGUUCCGGAAUUUGUGCACUCUUGGUCUUGCUUGUGCAGCCUCUAAAGGAAAACACCUCUUGAUAAUUUCACUUUGUGGAGAAGUCGCAUAGCUCCAGUUGAAUGAAUACGGUUUGAAAUUGAUUUCGCUUUCCAAAAAGUCUCUUCUUUUUCCCCCUUCUCUACGUGUGUGGUCCAGAUGGUACUAUGUAUGGUAUUUGGAUUUUCCGUCUUCUCGAAUGAAAUGCAAGAAAUGAAGAUCAGCAUUUGAAUACAAGGUGCUAUUAUUUCUACCUACAGGUACUGCAACAUGCGCAAUAAAAACGUGACGCUCGAAUUCCAGACGGCGCUGCCGGAGCCGGGGAAUCCCGGUCGAUCCGGUGGGAAGUGGAUCAUAAAGGACCGCAACACGGUGCUGAUGGACGCGCUUGUGUAUGUUUUGUCCGAAGGUAAUAGCAAGGACGACAAGCCGAAGACCUCCUCCGCCCCCCUGCCAAAGAGCCACAGCUGGAGGCGGCUUCGCGACGGUCUUGCGCGCGGAGAUGAGAUGGACGAUAAAGUCGUGACGGAAACUUUGUUUGUGAUCCCAGACACCAUGGUAAGUGACUACGUCGCGUCGUUGAAGAAGGAAGUGAACGGAAUCCGGUUGAAGAACGAAGGGGACUUGCAGUACGACCAGAUUGACGCGCUUGCGAAGAAGUCCAACGACGUGCUGCAGGCCCUGAACCCGCAGACCCGCGUCGACGUUUACGACGACGAGGGCUGGUACGAAAAGACCUACUACGAGAAAAACCGGAGGCCCGUGCCGCUCCGACUCUUCAUGCAGAUCUGCUCGCCCGAGGGCUUUUUGUCCAUUUUGGAGCGCGCAUCUGUCUGGACGUCGGCGAUGGCAACGCAGAUGAAGAUGUUUUCCCUGCCGCGAUCGGUGUGGCUGCGACACUUCGAGUUCUCGGAACACCUGUUCUGGCCGAUGUUCGAGACGAAAUUCAUCCAGGCGGACUACGAGAAGUCGCGCAAGACGGCGAUGCUGAAGAGCAACCGCGCCGAGGAUACUUUGGGAGUCUUGCUGCACUUCGUGAACCCCGCGGAGGUGGUGCUCGAACGCGACUGCCAGGCGCACGAGCAGGGUAAGACCGUGCUGGAGGUGUGGUGCCAGCGGUGGGUACACCAGAAGGAGCUCGAACGGAAGAAAACCUACAGCAGAACCCCGAACGUCCUGUCCGACCCUGGGCUCCGGGCGGAAAACAUGUUUGUGCAGUUGAAUUUCCGGUUCUGGACGUUACUACUAUCCCACGCGUGUCAGACCUCUCGGCAGCGGCGGUACUUGGUGCAACGCCUGCAAGAGAUCAACACGAGGGCCAAGUCUGAAGGUAUUCUGGAACGGCACCGCAAGUAUCUCCCCGGGUACAUGCGCUGGUUGCUAAAGUACCCCCAGGAGCGCAUGGCGGACGUGGAGCGCCAAGAUACGCGGCAAGGCCACGACAAAAAGUGGCAGAUCGACCAGAUCACCCCGCGCAUGAACAUGGACCUGCGGAACCCUCUGAUCCAAGACGAGGUUCUGAUUGUGGACCGCCCGGACGUGGGGGUGGGGCCGCAGUUCAACCCGGAAAACGGCCCCAAGCACAGCACGGCGUUCUUUCCGACCUACCGGCUGGCGUACCUGUAUCCCAUGCUCAGCCCGAACGUGCCGGAUCUGGUGCUUCCGAGGAAGUACUACCUGUUCGACGACGAGAGCCGCAGGUUCUUCACCCUGCAGGAACAGGAACAAAUGAUGAAUUAUGCGGCUUGGGACACGGAACGACGCCGAGGACACGUAACUCGCGGAGGUCAGCAACAGAUGACUGUGGCAAAUGCCGCGUCGGGCGCGCGCCUGAUUCCCAAUCCGGCUGUGUCAAGGAACAACAAAGAACAAAGCGGCAAUUACAGCAACUAUGGAUCAUCAUCUUCAUCUUCUCUGCAGCAUCAAGCCAACUUUGACGAGCAAGACGACAAUUUAGAGUGGAUGCGUUUCCAGCCGCGCUGGAAACGCAACGUCAACCGGUCCUCGCCCAGGAAUGCAAAUAACGCCACUAUCAGAGCUGCCUCCGAUCAUGCCAAGAGUAAAGCGAACAAGGGCGGGAAUUAUGCAGCUGACAAGAAGGCCCAAGUGCAACAACAGCCUAAGAAAUCUGCGUGGGGUGUCGUGGACCAACAGUACUUGCUGGACGGCAAAGAAUCGGAGAAAGAGGACGUCGCACAGCUAGAAAGCAAGCUGCAAAACAUCGAGCCCAUGCAGCAGAGGAACAACAAUUCCGCGCAAGUACUCGCCGCUUCUGUUGGUAGCAAGACGUCCAGUGCAGUACCUGCCGCUGCACCAGCGGUGGGAGCGGCCGCCGCGCCAGGAUUUUCUAAUGUUCCGCAAAUGAGUAUGAGUGGUCCGAACGGCAGUAAAAUGACCACUGGUCCUCAUGUGGGAAGUAAGAUGACGGGCGUCAUGGGUGCGACGAACCGAAAAACGCUGGUUGCGCACAAGUACCAAGUGGCGCAACAGACAAUGGAGUACAUCGAAGAUGAAUGGAUUCCUAUGAUAAACGAUGCGUGUCUUUUCGUUCUGAAACGGUUUGUCAGGCGCUUUCGCGAGCGGAAACACAAGGAACACGAAGAGAAGAGCGCGAAGCGCCGUCGCGAAAUUGCAAAUGUGGCAGUGCUGUUCGGGGUGAGAAAGGAGGAGCAAGUGCAAGUGAUGGAAGCUGUGCCGGACGAAGUACUAAUCUUCUUUUCUUAUGUUGAUUUACGUAUAAAAGUAAGAAUAUGAUGCACGACUAGCUUCAAUAUAGUGGAAAGACGUAUCGAUGACUAUGAGCAAGAACAAGUUGAAGCAUUGUCGCAUUUGCCUUCAAAUCUGUUUGUGUUUUUGGCCCGCAGGGGAAUUUCCAACCACAACAUGAUGAAGUGAUUUGCUUUUCGAAAACAACAGACCGUCGCGUGCUGGAACUUUUCCUUCGGAGACCGCCGUAAACGCGGCGCCAACGCCCGGCUGGAGGAGCUGGCGCUGGAGCUGAAGCGAGCCGCGCAAGAGUUUUCCCGGCAAGCGACCAGCGACCUCGCCGACGACGCGGCGCUAUUGGUCGACGACGCUGAGACGCUAAAGCAGUCCACGCACAAGAUUCGUUCGAAGCCCGCCAACGAGCUGCUUGCGUCGCGCAUGCGAAACGACAACAAGCAUUUGUUGCAGAGCCGCUACAAGGCCAUACUGAAGAUUUGCGACUUCUUCACGAAAUUUGUGGGCAAGCACCACAUCAUGAUCUCCAAGAGGAAGCGCGCCUGCUACCUCAUGCUGUGUGCGUACUUGCGAACCGCGCUGCUGGGAAAAAUGCCCUGGUCCAUGUCCGAGAAGUUGGCAGCAAACACCGCGGGCCACUCGCCGAGCAAAAUUAACUUUGCCUCGAACUUCAAAACGGUGAAUAAUUAUGCCCGGAGCGGCAACGCGAGCAAAACCAAGGUUCCCUCCAUUCUGAGCCUGACGGACGACCUGUUGCGGACAGACCCAGCGUCGAUCGCAGUUGUGCACAGUCUGGUGAAAGAACUACGGAUCCGGAAAAACUACAUUGUCGUGCAGCGACGGAAAUCGUCGCAAUAAGGUGAAAUCUGUGUUUGGUUGUUCAUGAUCUCGUCGUCAUGCGGCCGCUACGCAAGGGAAACCCAUCUGCUGCCGAAACGCAAGCAAAGGAGCAAGGAUUUUACUGAUGUCGGAGUGCAGAAUUGCGACCAUCAAGUUGUAGUUGCGCAGGGGUUCGUUUCCUGCUUGUUUGAAACAGCAGCGCAGAAGAGAUGGACACUUCCUAGCCUAUAACGUACGAUUAGGAAAUAAAAUGUGCCAUGGAAGUAGAUAACAAGCACAGAAGUCAAAGCUCUUUAGCUUUUACAGGCCUGAGAAUAUAGGUGGAUCGUGGUUUGAACAAUCAACAUGCACAUGCUCCUCUUCUAUCUGAAGAACUUCGGCUGAGAAUUUGGCUUGGGUUUUGCUAGACCAGUGCUUCUGUGUCGUUUGUGACGGUCAAUCAUACGAAGCCAAACAGUACGCAGCGGUGGUCUCGACGUGCGGGAGUGGUCAGUGACACUACUAGAGUAUACAGAGAAUAAAGGCCUUCCCUCGCGGAAGAAACAGACGAAAGGCCUCUUGGUAUUGGCUGGCUCGACCACCUGCUAAAUUUCUGGUACGAAGAGGUACUAGAAGAGCAUCUCGCCACAGGCACAGCAGCUCGAGGCGCAGUUGCUAUCCAGUUUUUUCCUGCGAUAGAAAAGGUGGGAGGUCCUCGCUAGCACAUUGUAGAACCUACCCCGUCCAUGUUUACGACUUUUUCAACUUCUUUAUUUUAUAUCAGGCAGUGUGGAGAUCGUCGGGAGCAGAAUCAUGUGCACCGCGAUCAGAUAAAGAAUGUAGAUCUCAACAACUGAAAAAAUGACACGACGAAUUUGCGCUUUUGUUGUAGCGACAACUAAAAUACAAAAGGUUGCAAGCACGAAUGAAAUCUUCCACUAUUGAUUGCUUUCAUCUCCUCGACAUAUGAUGAAUUUUACACAGUAUGUAU